UGGAGAGAAACCAUACUCUACACAGAUUUUCAACUUUAAUUCAAAGGGUUUAACAAACAUUUUACAUGAACUGUUUAAGAAUUACAGCCAUCUGACGUCAUCACGAUUAGUCUUGAGAAGGUAAGUGCAUCAUUCUCAGUGUCUACAAUCAAGGCAGACCUUCGUGAAUACAAAUACAGAGGAUUUACAAGAUGAUGCAAACCACUUGGUUACACUCAAGGGCAAGAGGGACAGACUUUACCAGAAGACAUUUAAAAAAAACUUGCACAGUUCUGGAAAAAAUAAGUUAUUUUAAAAAUGAACCAAGAUUAACUUGUACCAGAAUGAUGGGGAAAGAAAAAUAUGGAAAUGGAAAGGUUACGAAAAGCAUUAUUAUGCCAUGGACAUGGCUGCCAAUUGAACCGAGUAACUAGUGUUUAUUGAUUGAAGUAGACUGCUUAUAAAAGUAGUAUUAUGAAGUGUACUGAAGUACUCUGAAGUGUACAGGGCUAUACUUACUGCUGGAUACAACUAAAUGCUUCAAAACUGAUCAGACAACACUGGAUAAUGAGCCAAAGGAAACUGCAAAAGAAACCCAAGAGUUUCUGAAGACAAAGAAAUGGGAUAUACUUCACUGAGCAAGUCAGUCACUUGAUCCGGACCCAGUAGAGCAUGCUUUUCAGUUGUUAAAUAUAAAACUGAAGGCAGAAAGAGCCACAAACAAGUAGCAACUGAUGGCAGCUUCAGUAAAGACCUGGCAGAACAUCUCAAAGGCGGAAACACAGCAUUUUGGGUGUAUCCAUGUGUUCUAGGAUUCGGGCAGUCAUUGAUUGCAAAUGAUUUUCAUCCAAAUAUUAAAACAAAUCUUCUUGGUUUGUCCAUUUACUUUUGCACGUCUAAAAAUGGGGGACUAAAUAUAUGUAUAUAUGAAAAUGGUUUUAAUUCCUUAACAGUUAAUGUAAUACUUUUGUUAAACGUAUUGAAUCAAAGCUGAAAAUCUGAAUCUUAAUUGUUUAAUUUAAAAUUCAUCAUGGUGGUGUACAGAGGCAAAAUCAUAAAAGUGGCAUCUUUGUCCAAAAAGCUUUGGACCUAACUUUGGAUUACUAUAGUAUAAUGUAGUAUAGCGUGACAUAGUACCAUGUUUUAUAGUGUCAUAUCAUAUUAUAUUGCAGUAUACCAUAUAAUAUAGUGAUAUUGUUCCGUCCCAAACUUCCUAAGUUCACCUUAUUAUUUCUUAAAUUGUAUUUAUUUAGUUGAUUUUGUGGAAUUAGGGCAGUUUCUUGAAUUAAGUUCUCAUAAAUCAGGUGUUUAAAAGACAGUUAAAUAAAUAAUAGCAUCAGUUUUUUAUCUAUUGGGUUCAAUCGUGAUAAUCUCAGCUUGGAUCCUGUUAAGUGUAAUUGUGAUUUUUGCCAUCAAGCAGCCAUAAAAUGUAGUAUAGUAUAGUGUUGUACUGUGGUAGCACAUGGUAAUAUAAAAUGUAACAAUAUAGUUGACAAAGAAUCCUCAGUAUAUAAAAUGAUAAAGUAAUAAACUGUUUUGGAAAAUAAUAAGAUAAAUGGAACAGUCAUCCAAGAAUCUGAGUAAAGUAGAAAAUGUUGAUAUAAAAAAAUCCAAGCUUAACCCUGUUUUAAUGUGCAUACUCUCUACUUAUAUUCUACAUCUACAUCAUCUAAUAUUUUUCUUAUUUGUUAUUACAUGUUAUUACAUGUUAUAUUUAUAGAUAAAUUACAUCCCAUUACACUAUCUCACUCUAUUGUACUACCCUGCUACAUUCGGCUCUGCUUGUUCUUCCACCUUCCACUGCUUUUUGUUAUAGUGCGGACUCUAAAGUCUCUUAUUUGUCUGCACUGAGAUUUAAAAAGAUCAUAUUUAGUGAAAUCCAGCUUGCCUGCUCCUACGUGCAUUUUGAAUGAGGCUAGUAGUGAUAUUUGCGUAUAACAGAAGCACCUCCUCCCUCCCAUUGGACAAUGUGUACGGGAGGGCGUGGCAAGGAAAGAUGAGAGUUGCAAAUCCAUGCCCUUACUGGGAAGACAUGGAGCGCUAUGGACACAGUCUACACGAAUCUGAUAGGAAUCUCAACUAAAGGCAUCACUAUUUCUCCAGUUUGGAAACAAACGAUUUGAGAGACCGAGAGCAAAGAAAGGGUGGCCCGACUGAGGAUGGAGUGUGCAUUUGAAGCACAGAAUCUGAUCUCCAUUUCUUUGAGGAAAAUCCAAAGCUCCAGGACGCAGAGAGGAGGCAUCAAGCUCCACAAGAACUUACUGGUAACGUACGUACUGAGAAACGCCAGGCAGUUCUACAUGAGCAAAAACUUGUCGCAGAUGCAGAGGACGAAUCCGUACGAGGAUGUAACCGUAGUCCGAGAAAGGCAAGAAUACCUCGAAUGGACGGGGAGCUUCACGGAGUUGGCUGAUGACUUCUACUGCAACUUUACUGGGGUUGAGUCGGACACUUGGCACUGCGGAGCGCACCAGCCCAACGGUCAGCCUGCAGAGGUGGCGCACCAAGGCGCAUCUGCCUGCGCAAUGGAUUCACCGAGUGACUCUGACCUCAUGGUUUCGGACGCCUGUUGGAGCUGUGCGGACAAAUCCUCCUGGGAGUUAUCUAUCCCGAACACGCAAGCCAACCAAAAGACUGUCCUGGACUUGGACACCCAUGUGGUGACUACUGUCACGAACGGAUACUUCCACACAGACUGUUGCGCGCAGCCCAAACAGCCGCAGGGCGCGCAGUGCUACACAAAAAAGCGAAAGAUUGACAUAAGUUAUCAUAUCGUUGAUCCAGAGUUUUAUUUGCCAGACUUUGCGCCAGUGCCGUGUAAAAGAAUGAGGAGUGAUGAUGAUUCACAUUCAGACUCUGACCAGUUGGACAGCACAAAUAUCUCUAACCUGAUCUCGGUGCUGGGCUCAGGUGGGCUAUCUGAGUUUGUGAGUUGGCAGCAAACGGACCUUGAGCAAAUAUUCGCCACUCAAACAAUUUGUUUAAAACACACGCUGUUAACAGGCAGCGGCUGGACCAGAGCAAUCGAAGCAUUUUGAUAUGUAUGACUGUGUGUUUUUUAAUUUCUUUGUAUCGUUUUAUUUUGCUGCUUUUAAAUAAAUCAUGACACGACUGCAGUUCUCUCUUGGACUUUUUAUACAUAAACAGUGCUGAAAUUAUACAGAAUGGUCAUAUGCAUUUCCAUUACUUUUUGCACAUUGACAUUUCCUGUGCUAGUCCGAAUAAUUUCUACACAGCAUGACUAAACUGUAACCUUUAUUUAAAUAUUAUUUUGUGGUGGUGAUUUUCUUUUAUUUUUUUUUUCUGCGGGGAAACCGGAGUCAUUGGUUUGUAUUUCCUGGAGAAAUAAGUGAAUGCUGUUUUCUCCUUGGAAAGAUGUUGGACGACUACCACCAUGUGGCCAGAGAAGAUCUGUGCAGCUUCGUGCAACAGUUCAACGAGAAUUCUUAUUCUUAUUCUUAUUAUGUAAAUAUAUAUUUAUAUCAGGGCCUGCUUUGAUUAAUCAAUAAAACAAACAGUCUAAAAACACAAA